AUGCCAACCAAGCUCUUAAUCUUUCUGGGUCAACCCCCUGGAGACCAGCAUAGAGGACGUGGUGAACUUCUGAGUAAUGCUGCCUAUUUUCAGUUCCAAAUCGGAGGAGCUUUUCCACUUCAUGAGGAUGACUGCAAAAAGUUACAACCGGAGACAGUACAAGAGAUCGUUGUCAUCCAAUGGGCUCUUACCCAUUGGAAUCAGAAUCCAGCCAACUACAAUGCUAAGCUAGGUCUAUACGCAGGAGACACUUGUUCUCGAGCUCAAGAAGCGCUCUCGCAAUCGUUACGGUUUCUCGAUUCGGUCGGCUAUCAUGAACCAAAAGAAUGCCGAACGGAAAACACUGGAGCCAAACUGCUCGGUCUGAUAGCUCCGAAAGACCACAGCUCAUCGUCGUCGUUGGGCACACUGCUAACGGUGGCUGAUCUGCCUGUAGCAGCUUAUUCCAGUCAAGCAGCAACUGCUCUUCUUCAAAUGCAGCUGAAGAACAUCAUUGCCACCACGCCCACUGUCGAGGUUUACGUCGAGGCUUUAAUCAAAUUGAUGACAGCCCUCCGAUCGAAUCUCGUCACAAUCGUCGAAGAUGGAUACAAUAGCGAGGUCGUCAAACGGGUGAUAAGCCAAUUGAAUGAAGCGGAUAUAUUCGUGUCCGAUUCUCUGGAAUAUGAUCAGACCGAGCUGGCCCAGGCACUCGAAGACAGCGACAGUGAAAUCAUUCUCUCCCUGCUGCCGAAGAAAGAGCUCGCUGCUACUUUAAACGAUUCGAGCAUCUAUAAAAUGGACAAGCUUUGGAUAUCAUUACCAAUUGACGGAGAGGCGCUGGAUGAAACGGAGAUGAUGGAGCUUCUCCCAGUCGAUGCAGAAAUUGAGGUUAUUUUGCUACAACAACAAUUCAUCGACCUGCCGCAAUUCCGUGACUACUUCAUUCGAGUACUCAAGAAUAACUACCAGAGUUACCAACUGCUCACAUCAUAUGUGCAACAGGUGUACAACUGUAGCGGGGCUGUGUGUGAGGUCGACAAGCACCAGUUGGGGCAGCUCUAUCAGCAGUCAAAAUCGGCCGAAGCGGUCGUUCGAAUGACGUACGCGUUUGCAGCUGUCGGGCAGAGAAUCGCCAGCGACGCUGCCAAGGAACGUUUAUGCGCUCAUCCAUCUCCCGAGUGUACGGCAUUGAUAAUGCGAGAAUUCCUUGCACUCGACUAUACGUUCGGUAUCAACGACCCCUCUGAAAUGGCUGGUGAACGGCUGAGGUUCUUCAAAGGUCGUGAAAACAUUCUGCUGGCCUCUGGCAUGACAGUAAAAGCGAUUGAGCUGUUCAUCGACAACGAUGGACAGACCAGUGUUCACAAUCUGAUGACCUACACAACUGGUAAACAGCCAUCUGUUACUCUGUCUUCGAAUCAUCUCGCUGAUCAGAGGAAACGGUCGAUAUGCAGUCCCUAUCGACCGUUCUGUGGUCAGUGCCCAAAUGUGCAGCUAGUUAAUGGAGAGAGGCAUUUCCUCUCGAUUCCUCGUCACUACCCCAUGUACCUGAUUGGUUUGUUUGAUCUGCACGGUGGUACUGCUUGCCAGUCCAUGAAAGCGACUGACAUCAGUCUACCAAUGGCAUUCAUACAUACGGUGUGGACAUUCAAACAACGCUUCCCCGAUCUGUCUCUUCUGAAGAAUCUCGAUUUCGGAGCAUUACUAGUGGAUUCGUGCUCUUCUGGGAAGCAAGCUAUUGAGACCGUAGUUCGGGCAGAGACACAGUGCUUCCGUUUCAAUCAAGCCGGACGGAAUAUCACCAUUGUUCCCGGUUCCGUGUUCGGCUAUGUAUCCGCUCUACAUGGUGACUCCCAGGAAGCACUCAAGGGCUAUUUCUCAUCUGGAGAUGCUGCCGUCGCUCUGGUGGCUGCUGAUUCUGACUCCACACCUCGUCAUGCUUUCACAGCUCUGCCAGGAGCAAGGAGUCAAGCUUUAGCACUUCUCAGAUUCCUCAAUCGAAUGCACUGGCAGUUUGUCACAGUAGCAAUUAGUGAACAGGACCCCGAAUCCCUCUCAGCGUUCCGAAACUUUGAACGUUUGGCAUUGGAUCGCGGAGUAUGUCUAGCCGAAGUCGUAAACAUUGGUGGAGUCCGAGUAGACAAUCUACCACCUGUCGGAACCUCGACCAACGUCACCAUAGUGUUUGCAACUGCUCGAGAUGCCGCUGCCUAUCUUUCGUUGACACUCCGUUCCCAUAGGAAGGUUGUCCAUGUGAUGAUGGGUGAUGCUCAUGAUUGGUAUCUGCACGAACCGCAGAACAAGAAAAUGUUCCAAGGAAUCGUUUCUGUUCAGCCCAAGGACAUCCUUCAUCAUGACUUCCGUGAAUGGAUGGAAACGACAACACCGUUGACAUUACCAGAGAACUGGUAUUGGUCAUACAUUGAGGAUCGUUGGCAGUGUGCGCUUACCCAGAAGAGCAAACUUACCUACGGAAAAAUGUGCACAGGCGACGAGCUGCUUGAUAUCGCCAGCUUGGGACGAAUGACUAAGGCCGGUUAUCUGUCGCGUGGAAUCGAACGGUUCCUAUUCGCCAUGGAUUCGGUCUACAGGAAGCUCUGCCCUACUCAAUCGGGUCUAUGUUUGGAGUUCUAUGAAGGUGGUCGCGAACUAAUCCUUACCCAACUGAAGAAGACCUCUGUCGAAGAUGACGUUGAAAUCUACGAAUACUUGCAAGUUGGAAACGACGAAUAUGACUACCGCACCCUCGGCAAUUGGUCGCUAAAUGGCGGUCUACGCUUGCACUCACUUUAUCGUAGUUUCUUCGACGGACCUGUAGAGUCGAAAUGUCAACCGCCGAUGUGCAAGUGCUUCCUCGACGGUGACUUCCUUCAGGUGAGGAGGUGCCUUUCCAGCUUGGUCGAGAAAAUGGGGAACGAUGUCAUUACAUACUGGAUCAUACGUUCGACGACAGUUUUCGAGCAUCUAUCCAUGGGACAAUGGCGUCAGUACACCCACAAUUUCGUCCUCUUGGCUCUGAUCUCCGUAUUGACCAUCAUAGCAGUCGCAGUGCUAGUGCUCGUGCUGGUAAAGCUCUACCUCCGUGUCGUGAAAGGGAAUCAAUCACUUGGUAUUUCUCUUCUGGUCGGCAUCAUCAUACUCUAUAUCACCGCUUAUUUCUUCGUAUUUGAUGCAACCGACUUGGUGUGCAGACUUCGAGUUGUGAUGCAUGGAUUCGGGUAUUCGCUAUGUUUCGGAGUGAUGAUCGCCAAAGCCACCCAACUACGUAAUGCUGAAACCCUUGGAUUCGGUAAUGUGGUACAUAUCUCAUUCUGGAACUACUGGCUGCUGUUAUUCUUCAUUAUCGGCGUCCAGAUAGCUCUCAACACGAGAUGGUUUGCCGAGCCAUUCAUGUCCACACUGGCUGUGUCAGAUGCCCAUUCCGACAUGGUCUGCACCCUUGGAAAACAGGAGUUCGUGCUGGCUAACGUCUACGUCAUCAUUUUGCUCUUCCUCGCCCUUUUCAUCAACAGCAUCAAUAGAAAUAUAAAGAGAAAUUACAAAGAAACCAAGUGGCUGUUCGUUUCAUCGGUGCUCUGUACACUUAUUUGGUUGGCAUGGAUAACGGCCUACUUUAUGGUACCAAAUGAGAUUAAGGAAACAGUGGUUGUAGCCGAACUCAUCUGCUGUGCCUCGAUCCUCCUUGGCCUCUUAUUCGGGCCGAAAAUCUACAUCCUACUUUCUUACGAGCCAGUAGUCGUCGAAUACAAAGAGAGUCAAGGCAACAAUAUGGUGCUGUUCGAGAGAGGUAUGUCGUUCACGCUGACAAAAUCUCCAAGGACUCUGACCGUCAUUCACCUUCAGAUGACGAUCUUAUGGAAAACAUGUCUCAGCUUACUCUUACAUUAUCAGAAAAAGACCAAAGUUCGUCGAUCACACAGCGGACACGAGAUGCAGGUUAGUAAUUGCAACGUAUAUGUUGAACACUGUAUGACCACGAUUGAACAACCCACACCUUUGCAAACAGUUGGCGGCUGA